AUGGGGAGACCACCUUGUUGUGACAAAGCAGGUAUGAAGAAAGGUUCAUGGACUCCUGAAGAAGAUAUCGCCUUGGUGUCUUAUAUUCAAGAACAUGGUCCUGGGAAUUGGAAGGCUGUUCCUACCAAUACAGGGUUGUUUAGAUGUAGCAAGAGCUGCAGGCUUAGAUGGACCAAUUACUUAAGGCCAGGGAUUAAACGGGGUAACUUUACAGAACAUGAAGAGAAAAUGAUAAUCCACCUUCAAGCUCUUUUAGGCAACAGAUGGGCUGCAAUAGCAUCUUACCUCCCUCAAAGAACAGACAAUGACAUUAAAAACUAUUGGAACACUCACUUGAAGAAGAAGCUGAAGAAGCUCCAAGACAGAGAAGGUUAUUCUAGAGAUGGGUUAUCAUCAGCAGCAGCAGCAUCGUCACACCAAAUUUCUAGAGGUCAAUGGGAGAGACGACUGCAGACUGAUAUCCAUAUGGCUAAACAGGCUUUAUCUGAUGCAUUGUCCCCAGAGAAACCAAGUGGUUUAGUUGAGCUGAAACCCUCUAAUGGGUACAUAUCUUAUGCAAAACCGGGGAGCUAUGCUUCAAGCACAGAGAACAUAGCUAAGUUGUUAAAAGGGUGGAUGAGAAAUCCAUCAAAGCCUGCUUCUACAAACUCUGCUGCCACUCAACAAUCAUUUGACAACAAGGGUGGCAAUGAUUCUGCUUCUAUUGAAGGGACUCCGAGGCAGGAAGACAAAAGCAGCAUGGAAAUGUCAGAGGCUUUUGAGUCACUGCUUAUGUUUGAAUCUUUGGAUUCCUCCAAUUCUGAUUUCUCACAAUCUAUGUCACCUGAUGCAAGCCUUUUCGAAGAUGAAAGUAAGCCAGAUCGUAAUGCCCAAGGCAAACUGUCAUUGCUUGAGAAAUGGCUUUUUGAUGAAGGUUCAAAUCAAGGGAAAGAUCACCAUCUUAGUCAUAUCAUGAUAGAUGAAAACGCUAAUUUUUUCUAAAUGGAGGGAGUUCUUGUUUUAGUGGCUUUUUGGGAUUCUUUUGAUCUUGGCUUAUUUUUUUGCUAUAGGUCUUGUUCAAGGAAGAAAUCAGUCACCCCUUUAGUGGUAGAAUAGAAGUAUAAAUUUCACAUUAUUGUGGCAGGUAUCUUGGGUUAAGA